AACACCAAAGGAGUCCAUGAGAUGAGUCGACAACCAGAAGAAAGAUUCCUCACUUUAAACGUGUUUUUCCCCCUUUUUUAUACCUCAAAGUAGACCAAAACUAUAUCCAGAACAAUGUAUAUAAAACAGGUGAUCAUCCAAGGGUUCAGAAGUUACCGAGACCAGACCAUCAUUGAACCAUUUAGUGCCAAGCACAAUGUUAUAGUGGGUCGAAAUGGAUCUGGAAAAAGUAACUUUUUCUUUGCAAUCCAGUUUGUACUGAGUGCAGAUGAGUUCAGUAACCUCAGGCAGGAAGAACGUCAAGCCCUGCUACAUGAAGGGACAGGACCAAGAGUUGUGUCUGCGUAUGUUGAAAUCAUAUUUGAUAACAGUGAUAAUCGGCUUCCUAUUGAAAAGGAGGAAGUGUCUUUGAGGCGUGUCAUUGGAGCCAAAAAAGACCAAUAUUUCCUGGACAAAAAAGUGGUGACAAAAACUGAUGUGAUGAACCUGCUGGAGAGUGCUGGGUUUUCUCGUAGUAAUCCUUACUACAUUGUUAAGCAAGGAAGGAUUAACCAGUUAGCAGUUGCUAAGGACAAUGAAAGACUCAAAUUACUAAGAGAAGUGGCAGGUACUAGAGUAUACGAUGAAAGGAAGGAAGAAAGCAAACAUAUUCUUAAAGAUUCAGAAAACAAAAAAGAAAAGAUAGAAGAAUUACUCAAAUAUAUUGAGGAAAGACUGGAGACACUAGAGGAGGAGAAAGAAGAGCUCAAAGCAUAUCAGAAAUGGGACAAAGAGAGAAGGUGCUUAGAAUACACAAUACAUGACAAAGAACUGAGAGAUACAAGAGAAAAACUUGAGGAGUUGGAGAAAGUGAGGCAAGAUGAAUCAAACAGAGCUGGUGAGCUGCAGAAAGAAGCAACAAAAGCUAGUGAAAAAAUAGAAAAAUAUUCUCAUGUGCUGAAGGAAUUAAGUGAGAGGGAGACAAUUAUCAACACAGAAAAACACCAACUGGAAGAAGAGUGUCAAGAACACUUCAAACAGAGAACAAAACUGGAACUUGACAUCAAAGAUCUGGAAAACAUUGCUUCUGACGACGCUACCACCAAGGAACAAUACAAACUGGAACUAGAAAGACUUCAGGUCACUAUUGCUCAACAACAACAAGAAUUGGAUAACCUACUGCCAAGUUUUAAUCAGUACAAAACAGAAGAAGAGACAUGUGCCAACAGACUGGAAGCAUGUGAAAGGAGAAGAACAGAACUCUAUGCUAAACAGGGCAGGAAAAACCAAUUUUCAUCCAAAGAAGAACGAGAUAAAUGGAUAAAAAAAGAGAUGAGAUCACUAAAUAAUGCUGUAUCCAAGAAAGAGUCACAGAUUCAAGCAUUGCAGGCUGAGAUAGAAGAUAUGAGUUCUAAACUACGAAGACUUGAGAAUGACAUCAGGGAAAGGACUGAGGAUCUUGAACAGAGAAAAAGCAGUAUUGAACAGAACAACAGAGAGUACUCAGAACUGAAAAGAUCAAGAGAUGAAUUGACAAACAACAGAAAGGAGUUAUGGAGACAAGAGGCUGCRAUAGAACAGACAAUCAGUACAGCAAGAGAAGAACUGACUAAAGCUGAGCGUAACCUCAAAGCAACAGCAAGUAGGGGUAURACUAAUGGUAUUGAGACUGUCAAGAGAAUCAUGCAGGAUAAAAACCUAGAAGGUGUUUAUGGCCCUCUGAUAGAGAACUUCACUUGUGAUGAGAAAUUCUUCACUGCUGUUGAAGUAACAGCAGGAAACAAGCUGUUUCAUAUCAUCGUUGACUCUGACAAGACAGCAGCUCAGAUUCUAUCCACCAUGAACCGUCAGAAGAUGCCAGGAGAAGUGACAUUUAUGCCACUGAACAAGCUGAAGUUUAGACCUACUGGUUUCCCUAAAUCAGAUGAUGUGAUGCCGAUGAUCAAUAAGCUAAAAUACAAUGAAGCCCUCAAACCAGCCAUGGAACUGGCCUUUGGCAAGACAUUGAUCUGUAGGGACCUUGAUGUGGCUGCUCAAUUUGCUAAAAGUGAAAACCUGGACUGUAUCACCCUUGAAGGUGAUCAGGUAAGCAGGCGUGGUGCACUUACAGGAGGGUACUACGAUACACGUAAGUCAAGACUGGAUCUACAGAAAACAAUCUGGGCCAAUGGCAGAAAGGUGGAGGAAGAAGAAGGAAAGGUUCACACUAUUAAAGCACAGCUAGAAGCCAUUGACAGUGAGAUUACAAAAACUCUUGGGAAAUUACAAAAAGCAGAAACAAGACAAGUACAACUAAGAGAGACAUAUGAUAAGCAGAAGUUAGAUGUACGAGCACUAAACCAGAACAAAGAAACCAUACAACAAACCCUACAGGCCAGGGAAAACAAGCUCACAAGUAUACAGACUGACCUGACGGCAAUGAAUAACACAUUAAAGUCUUGGAACGAUGAACUGGGUACAGAACUACUGUCACAGCUAACAACACAAGAUCAAAAUGAGGUUGACAGACUAAAUCAAGAAAUUAAUGAACUGCAAGAAAGAGUUCGAGUUGCCGUAGGCAGAGGAACAGAGUUGGAUGCACGUAAAAGUGAACUUGAAAACCAGCUGAAUAACAAUCUGAUAAGACGUAGAAACGAACUGGUUCAGGCAAUGGAAGAGAUCUCACUAGAAAACAAGAACCAAAUAUUGGAGACACAUCAAGCUGAUCUGAAGUCUGUGUCUAAAGCUAUCAAGAAAGCUAGGGAAAGACUUAAAGAACUGGAGGCAGAAUCUGAUGACCACAGAGAAAAGAAAACUAAAGCACAGUCUAAGCUAGAAGAAUGGAAGAAUGUAGAGCGUGCUCGUCUAGAAGCAAUACAAGAUGAUGCUAAGGCAUUAGAGAAGAUUGCAAAUAAACGAAGUCUUUUGAUGAAAAAGAAAGAUGAUUGCAUGAAAAAGAUUCGAGAAUUAGGUUCAUUACCAGCAGAUGCUUUUGACAAGUUCCAGAAGACAAACCUUAAAGCACUAUGGAAGAAACUCCACCACUGCAAUGAAGAGCUCAAGAAAUACAGUCAUGUAAACAAGAAAGCCCUGGAUCAGUUUGUGAACUUCUCUGAACAAAAAGAAAAACUAAUGAAGAGAAAAGAUGAACUGGACAACGGCUACCAGGCUAUUGUUGACUUGAUGGAGGUUCUUGAACAACGAAAACACGAAGCUAUUUUAUUCACUUUUAAACAGGUUUCUAAGUAUUUCAGUGAAGUGUUUGAAAAACUUGUUCAUCACGGCAAAGGAACCUUAGUAAUGAAGACAGAUCCAGGAGAAGCCACACAGGAGGAAGAAGAUAGUCAAAGUCAAAGCCAAGGAUCUCAGCGAUCCGUCCCUUUGGUUGACCAGUUCACUGGUGUAGCCAUCAAGGUAUCAUUUAGCGGCAAAUCAGCUGAGACACGAGAAAUGAACCAGUUGUCUGGUGGCCAAAAAUCCCUGGUAGCUCUUGCUCUCAUCUUCGCCAUACAGAAGUGUGACCCAGCGCCAUUUUAUUUAUUUGACGAGAUAGAUCAAGCACUUGAUCCUCAGUUUAGGAAAGCUGUUGCAGAGAUGAUUCGAAACUUGGCAAACAAAGCCCAAUUCAUUACUACAACAUUUCGCCCAGAACUCUUGGAUUCUGCUGAUAAAUUUUAUGGAGUUAAGUUCCGUAACAAAGUCAGCCACAUCGAUGCAAUCACUAUAGAACAAGCUAAAGAUUUUAUUGAAGAUGAUGAACAGGGCAAGUAAAGGCUGCCUGGUGGACACAAUUAUUGACGAAAUCCAGUUUACAUGUUGUGGCAUGUCAAUGGUUGUGCAAUAUUUUGUAGGAGUCGGCAACCAAAUGUUCCAAGUAUUGCCACAUGAAAUUUUUUCAUUGCAAAAGCGUCUGCUUCAUGCAACGAUCAAAAUCAUAUGCACUCAGAAUGGUUAUCUUAGUAACUUUGCAUUGCAGAAUUUGCAUGAUAUUGUCGRCCAUGUUUCUUACACAUUUAAGGACUGUUGACUUCAUAACUGUAUAAACAAAUUUGGCCAACGUUUGGCUGCCAAGUAUUAACAUUAUAACUUGUAUUAUCUGUUCUUGUUGUUUAUAAACAUUCAAAUUUCUACAUCACCUUGUUGGAUAUAAGGGCUUGUAUUUUAAGGUAUUCAAUUCACGUAUGUGCUUCUUUGGUAGGUUUUUAAUGUACAUCUUCCCUCAUAUAUUACAUUAAAACAACUUUUUGUCAUUUGCCUAUUCAACCCAAAGUUGUCUCUUUAUUAGUUGGGUUGGUGUACUCAAAUGUUUGUAAGGAAAGCCAUUACUGCAUAUUUUUAUAACCAAAGAUGUUAUCUUCUCUUCUCCAUCAAUAUUUCUUCUGGUCAUCAAGCUCUUAUAUGUGUAAAAUAAUUUAUCUUUUCAUUCAACAAUCUUAAUAAAAAAAUCUUGUUUUA